UAGCGCUCGUUUGUCUUGCGCAAUCUUCAGUCAUUUGACUCUACUAUGGCCGGCAUAGUUGAACAGCUAGACGAGAAAUUUGCGGCGUUUCUUGCCGACUGGAACAUCUACACGACGCUUCUCCUUCUCGGACUCGUUGGCUUCAUUACUUGGGUGAUAUUCGAUGCUCAGGAUGCUGAUACUCACCCUCUACUCCUGGCAAGACAAGCACAGGCUUCGUACGUGAGGCAGCCGGGGGAAUCUGCCAUCUACAGGUCUCCGGAGACCCCUCAUGGUUACCCUCUACGAACAGGACUUCAAGUGAAACCCCCUGGGACGCCCAUGUACUCUACCGGAAAAAAUGGGGAUCUUCGACAUAUCUGGCAACGCGUCACAGGCGAAAUCCCUCUCGAGAAGGGCUCCGAGUCCAGUCCCAGGGGCAAGAUCAUGACGGUUUUCGGAAAGGAGGACAUCAUCGACCACGACAUAGACCACCUCACAGCGGAAAUCAAGGUGAUCGGGAAACACUUGAAGGACCAUGGGGCGAAGAGAGUGGCACUUUAUCUUCCGAACAGCGUGGAGCAAUUGGCGGCGAUAUUCGCUGGUGCCUUCUACGGAUUUUCGCCCAUCUUGAUCCCUUAUAAUCAGCCACAUCCCACUGUGAUUGAGCUACUCAUUCGUGCCGGUGCGGACUCCCUCAUUGCUCAGGCCGGUUCGGUUCCGCUAGACGAUGUCAGUAGAGGGGUUUCUGGUCUCCGACAGGUAAUAUGGACCGUCGAGAAAACAAGCAGGCAUAUGGAUUGGAAUGAGGUCCCUGAAGGCAUCGGAGGCAAGGUUGACGUAUCCGUUUGGCAUGAUCUGGUGCAGGACCAGAGGAACACCCCUCCCGCGUUGCCAACAGACACUGAAAAAGCUCCUGGCAUCGUAUUCCUUUGGCAAGAUGGCCUCAGCAAGUCGGUGGAGGUUGUGGAGUUCACACAACAGAACAUCUGCGCUGCCGUUGGUGCUCUCAUAUCCGCUCUUCCCGCUCCUCAACGAUUUACACCAUCGGACACUUUUUUCCCGGGUGACUCGUUUACCAACUCUUAUACGCUGUGCCUUACCCUGGCGGCCCUGUUCUCCCACUCCACGGUUCUCAUCAAUUCAGUAGCCGGCCCAGGCAUUGACCUGGCGCUUGCAACUCGUUCGGUAGCCCCCACGAUUGCCGUGAUAUCGCCUGAGACAGCAGUCAAGCUGCACAAGUCGACGACUGAAACGAUCACAUCGGUCUUGAAGAAAUUUGCCCACUACCUUGAGACUCGUGUCUUAACCGCUGGACGGUUACCUACGGAUGGUUUCCUUACGCGUCUAAAUGCGCCCACAAGGGCGUCGAUAGGCGCGAGCCCCGGAAAGCUGCGGUUGCUGUUCGUGGCCGAGAGGGCUGGGCAGAACACCCCUCCGCUUAGCUCGCACGACCUUUCCGAUCUUCGCAUCUACACCAAGGCCCGAGUGAUCUAUGCGCUGACGGCCGCUAAGGUUGCAGGUGCGGUUGCUCAGACGAACAUCUACGACUAUCGGAGGGGAGUCACGCCGGCAAACAAGCAUAGCCACUUUGGUGUGCCACUCAGCUCCGUAGAGGUAAAGUUGAGGGAUACAUCGGUUCACAAGACGACGGAUGAUCAUGUUGCCGGUGAGAUCGUUGUGUCGGGUCCCGCAGUCGCCGGAGGAGAGGCCUCUCUGGGGGUUAAUGGGACAUUCAACGCGGAUCACACUUUAGCGUAUAUUUGAGCAUAGCUUCGAGCACAUCGACGGUCGGAAUAAUACCAAUGAUUGCAGCACGUAGUGUUCUCGAAGGUUUGCAAGUGAUUAUAGUGGUGCUAUUCCCGGGAGCAUAUCAAGGGCGACACACCCAUCCGUUGAAUUCAAACCGACUUCGGUUGAAGCAUGUUCAUCCGCUUAUCGCUCGUGGUGCACGCGACUACCGCCCGUUGUAGGCUUCUAUUCUCUUCAUGCCGUCGAGGGUGAAAGCGCAGGC